CGUCUGCAUCAAGUCAUCAUUUCUAAAAGAGAAGUACCAAAUCCAAUUUUGAAACAUAACCCUAAUUGCAGAGCAGAAGCAAUGGCAGCUUCGGCAAUGGUGCUCGAUCCUAAGCCUGUACCGAUCUCCGAACCUCCGCCGUCUUAUCCGGCCGUCAAAUCGGAUGUUCCCGCCGUCGACGAUGAAGAUUUGUACGGACGGCUUAAAUCCUUGCAGCGGCAGAUCGAAUUCAUCGAUAUUCAGGAGGAGUACGUCAAGGACGAAUUGAAAAACCUAAAGCGGGAGCUUCUUAGGGCGCAGGAGGAAGUGAAGCGGAUUCAAUCCGUGCCCUUGGUUAUCGGCCAAUUCAUGGAGAUGGUUGAUCAGAACAACGGCAUCGUCGGCUCCACCACCGGCUCGAAUUACUACGUCCGGAUCCUGAGCACCAUCAACCGCGAACUACUCAAACCCUCUGCCUCCGUCGCGCUCCACCGCCAUUCCAACGCCUUGGUCGAUGUCCUGCCCCCGGAAGCUGACUCCAGCAUCUCGCUUCUCAGCCAAUCUGAGAAGCCUGAUGUCACAUACACUGAUAUUGGUGGAUGUGAUAUUCAAAAGCAAGAGAUUCGUGAAGCUGUUGAGUUACCUCUCACUCACCACGAACUGUACAAGCAGAUUGGUAUUGAUCCUCCUCGUGGUGUGUUACUUUAUGGCCCUCCUGGUACAGGGAAGACCAUGCUUGCAAAGGCUGUAGCAAACCACACAACUGCAGCUUUCAUUAGAGUUGUGGGUUCGGAGUUUGUUCAAAAAUAUCUUGGAGAGGGGCCUAGAAUGGUCCGUGAUGUAUUUCGUCUGGCGAAGGAGAAUGCACCUGCAAUUAUCUUUAUAGAUGAGGUAGAUGCCAUUGCAACAGCCCGUUUUGAUGCCCAAACUGGAGCUGAUAGAGAGGUUCAGAGGAUUCUUAUGGAACUUCUAAAUCAGAUGGAUGGCUUCGAUCAAACUGUGAAUGUAAAGGUCAUCAUGGCCACUAAUCGUGCGGACACUUUGGACCCUGCACUUCUCCGUCCUGGUAGACUUGAUCGUAAAAUAGAAUUUCCUUUGCCUGAUAGGCGCCAGAAGAGACUUGUUUUUCAGGUUUGUACUGCUAAGAUGAACUUAAGUGAUGAAGUUGACUUGGAAGACUAUGUCUCUCGACCUGAUAAAAUAAGUGCUGCUGAGAUUGCAGCUAUAUGUCAGGAGGCAGGUCUGCACGCGGUGAGGAAAAACCGGUAUGUGAUACUUCCCAAGGAUUUUGAGAAAGGAUACAGAGGCAAUGUCAAGAAGCCAGAUACUGAUUUUGAGUUUUACAAGUAAUUGCACUUUAUUUUCUUCAGCUGGGAUUUGUAUCUAUGGCUUUAGUACUUAAUUGUGUUACUAUGGAUACUGUUAUCUAUUUAACUGAUGAGUUGAAGAAUUGGUUGGGUUUGGUGUGAA